AACACUUAAAAAUUGAUGUUAUUUUUUUUUUGCUAAUCGGCCGUGUGUGUGAGUGCGGGUGUCGCGAGUGUGUGUCAGUCAGUCAGCUGUUAAUAGAAUUCCCCGAAAAAAUCCAAACAAAUAUGAAAUAUUAGAAAUAAGUGGUCAACGUGCAAAAUGCAAUAACGUAUAAAAUCAGCAAAAUAAAAUCUAUUUUAUCUACAUGUAUUACCUAUGACGCAGCCAAAGAUAAAAGCUAAUAGAAGUACUAUAUGGUGUAUUAUUUGGUGUUCUAUAUGUAUGAUAGUCGACCUUAAUUUUAAGAGAAUUUUAAUGUUGAGCUAAUCUAAAGAAAUCCAAAGCCAAGACGAACAAAUUCCCCAAAAAAACGAAACAAGAAAACAAUAACUAUCCUGAAAAAUGGCCAGGGUUAGUAACUGGGACAAGUUUGUCCUGUUACUUUGGAAAAAUUGGACCCUACAAUGGAAUCACAAAUUGCAAAUGGUCAUCGAACUGGUAUUGCCGGCUAUAUUCUCCCUGCUACUGGUUCUGGUCCGGACUCUGGUCGAUACGGAACAGAUGAAUACGAAAGAAUACCCCGCAUUAAAUAUUACAGAUCUGAGUUUGUUGAGGAAUUCGUUGCAUAGAACGUCCUACCUUGGCAAGCUCCUAGCGCUGAUUGCACCCAACCAACAGAGGAGUUCCUUAAAAGCCGGCAUUAACAACUUCAAGUUCCUGGUGUGCUACUCCCCGACCAGUCCCGCCCUGGACAGACUAGUCUCCGAAGCUCUGUCCAAUCUGGAUCCUGCAAUGCAGGAGCCAUGCUCCUCGGCCAAUGCCAUGCAAUUGGAGGCCGAUGUGAUAAGUAAAAGUGCCUUUGCCGGCAUUCAGUUCGAUGAUUCGUGGUCCGGAUAUGACACAUUGCCGGAUGAUUUCCGGUUUUCGUUGCGGUUUCCAUCGGAAUUGAGAACGGCAACGAUUGCAAUCGCCAAUACAUGGCUGACGAUGCGACUGUUUCCGACGAUCGACUUGACGGGUCCUCGAAACGAGGGCGAUGACGAUGGUGGCAUACCUGUGGGUUAUCUACGAGAAGGAUUUUUGCCUUUACAACACCAACUGACGAUGGCAUUUUUGAGAAACAAAACAAAUGGAGAGCUACCAGACAUAUACAUGCAACGCUAUCCAUAUCCAUCGUAUAUUUUCGAUCCACUUUUGGAGGGAAUGUCAUCGAUAAUGUCGCUGAUCAUACUGCUGAGUUUCAUAUAUCCCUGCACGUAUAUAACAAAGUAUAUAACCGCCGAAAAGGAGAAACAACUGAAGGAAGUCAUGAAGAUCAUGGGGCUGAGCAAUUGGCUGCAUUGGACGGCGUGGUUUGUAAAGUCCUUCAUAAUGCUAACCAUAUCGGCCAUACUGAUAGCCAUUCUGGUGAAGAUCCAUUGGUCCGAGGACGUGGCUGUGCUGACGCAUGCCAGCUUCACGGCAUUGGUCUUCUUCCUGAUCAUCUAUAUAAUAGCCAGUAUAUGCUUUUGCUUCAUGAUGGCCACGUUCUUUUCGCGGGCCAGUACAGCGGCGGCGGUUACGGGCCUCAUCUGGUUCAUAGCCUAUAUACCGUACUCCUUCACGAUCAACUCGUACGACGGCAUGACUUUGGGCUCCAAGUUGGGCUGGAGUCUGAUCUCGAAUACGGCCAUGGGCUUUGGCGUUAAACUGAUCCUCGGCUUUGAGGGUACGGGCGAAGGCCUCCAGUGGAGUAACAUCUUCACGCCAGUUUCGGUGGAUGAUACGCUAACGAUCGGUGCUGUGAUGAUUAUGAUGCUGGUGUCGUGUGUCCUUUGCAUGACCAUCUGUCUCUAUGUGGAGCAAAUAAUGCCGGGCAGCUUUGGGGUACCAAAGAAAUGGAAUUUCCCCUUUACUCGCGAGUUCUGGUGCGGCGAACGGGAGUAUACAGGUGUGGAGGACGUGCCCAAUAGUAGAUAUCUGGAGCACCGAGAUCCGAAUGCCUUCGAAACGGAACCGGCCGACAAACAUAUCGGUCUACAGAUGCGACAUUUGAAGAAGAAAUUCUCCGAUAAAUUGGUCGUCAAGGGUCUGUCGAUGAAUAUGUUUGAGGAUGAAAUAACGGUGCUUCUGGGACACAAUGGUGCCGGCAAGACAACAACAAUAUCGAUGCUAACGGGCAUGUUCCCGCCCACCAGCGGCACGGCGAUCAUUAAUGGCAGUGACAUUCGAACGAAUAUCGAGGGAGCCCGCAUGUCCUUGGGCAUUUGUCCGCAACACAAUGUCCUGUUCGACGAGAUGAGUGUGGCGGAUCACAUUCGGUUCUUUAGCCGGAUGAAGGGCCUGAAGGGCAAGGCUGUGGAGCAGGAGGUGGCCAAGUACCUGAAAAUGAUCGAGCUGGAGGACAAGGCCAAUGUGGCGUCCUGCAAGCUAUCCGGUGGCAUGAAACGUAAGCUUUCCGUGUGCUGUGCCCUGUGCGGUGAUACUAAGGUGGUGCUUUGUGAUGAGCCCAGUUCCGGAAUGGAUCCCUCAGCCCGACGGCAAUUAUGGGAUCUCCUCCAACAGGAGAAGAUCGGCAGGACUCUACUUCUGACCACACAUUUCAUGGAUGAGGCUGAUGUUCUGGGGGAUCGUAUUGCAAUUAUGUGUGAUGGCGAGCUCAAGUGUCAUGGCACUUCGUUUUUCCUGAAAAAACAAUACGGUUCCGGCUACCGGCUGAUUUGUGUGAAACGCGACGAUUGCCAAACCAACGAGGUGACUGCCUUGCUGAACAAAUACAUUCCGGGUCUUAAGCCGGAAUGCGAUAUCGGCGCUGAAUUAUCCUACCAAUUGCCGGACAGUGCCUCCAGUAAGUUCGAGGAUAUGUUUGGGGAACUGGAAAAGGAAUCGGAUGAGCUGCAUUUGAAUGGUUAUGGUGUGGGCAUUACCUCGAUGGAGGAAGUUUUCAUGAAGGUGGGCGCCGAAAAGGAUAAUACCGGCAAUCUCAAGGAUCCCAAGGAGAUAAUGAACGGCGGCACUGGAUACCGGGGACCUGGCGACGAGGACAACGAAUCUGUACAGUCCGAUGGCAUCUUCUCGGAGAAUCGACGUCUCCUCAACGGCCUCCAGCUGCUGUCCAAUCAAUGGAAGGCCAUGCUCCUCAAGAAGUUCCUCUACACGUGGCGCAACAAGUUGCUGCUGCUGAUCCAGAACAUAAUGCCCGUGUUCUUUGUCGUCGUCACCAUUUUGAUAAUCAAAACCCAAGGCACUUUCCAGGAACUGAAACCCAUUACGUUCUCCCUGACCCAAUACCCUGUGGCUGUUACGGUUCUGGAUCGGUCUGAAGCUGUGGCUAAUUCUGAAAUAUACAAGUAUUCGAAUGCAUAUGAGUCCUUGUCCAAGUCGUAUGGCAAUGAUUUUGGCUUGGAGUUGACAGGAAAUCAGAAUUUUACGAAAUAUAUCCUGGACCUGGGCGAGACGAUCCAAGUGCGAAUCAAUUCCCGCUACCUUGUGGCCGCCAGCUUCAAAGCCACCAACAUCACUGCCUGGCUGAACAAUCAGGCCUUGCACACAGCCCCCCUAACGAUCAACAUGGUGCACAAUGCCAUUGCCAUGACCGUGUCACCGAACAUCAGUAUAGAGGUGACGAAUGCCCCGCUGCCGUACACCACCAGCACCCUGCUCUCCCAACUGAGCACUGGCAAUAAUCUGGGCACCCAGUUGGCCUCCAAUCUGUGCUUCUGCAUGUGCUUUGUCAGCUCGAUAUAUAUCCUGUUUCUGAUCAAGGAGCGAGAGUCGCGAGCCAAACUUCUGCAAUUUGUGGGCGGCGUGAAAGUCUGGACGUUCUGGUGUUCGCAAUAUAUUUGUGACUUCGCCACCUAUGCAGUUACCGCCCUCAUCGUGAUCAUCACCAUUGUCUGCUUCCAGGAGUCGGGAUUGUCCACUUUUGGCGAACUGGGACGAUACUUUUCCCUGCUCCUACUCUUCGGAUUCGCCGUUCUGCCCUUCAUCUACAUUAUGUCCUUGUUCUUCAAGGAACCAGCCACUGGUUUUGCUCGCGUCUCCAUCGUUAAUAUAUUCUGUGGCAUGGCUCUGUUUAUUGUCGUUGUUGUGAUGUCAUCGGACUUCUUUGAUACCAAGGAUACCGCGAAUAUAUUGGGCUGGAUAUUCCGCAUCUUCCCGCACUUUUCACUGGCCAUGGGACUUAACAAGGUUUACACGAAUACGGCGACAAGGAAUGCCUGCGCCAAGGUGGGCUCUAUACCGCCCAUUAUUCUUUGUGAAUUGGUGCCGCAGUGUUGCAAUAUCAAACCCUAUUUUGCCUGGGAGGAGCCUGGAGUCUUGCCAGAAACCGUCUAUAUGGCCGUCACUGGUGUUGUUUUCUUCUUAAUUAUCAUCGUUCUGGAAUUCCGUUUGAUCAACGAACUUAUCUACAAUGUCCGCAAAAUUGUUUCCAAGCCACCGCCACCACCUCCGGAUGGUCAUUUGGAUGAUGACGUGGCUUCUGAGAGGGAACGUAUCCUCAAUAUGAGUUCCAAUGAAUUGGCAAACAAAAAUCUUGUUCUGGAUCGUGUCACCAAGUAUUAUGGUCAAUUUUUGGCUGUCAAUCAGGUGUCGCUCUGCGUUCAGGAAGUCGAAUGCUUUGGGCUGUUGGGCGUGAACGGUGCCGGCAAGACGACCACCUUCAAGAUGAUGACUGGCGACGAGCGUAUUAGCUCCGGAUCGGCCUAUGUCCAGGGUAUGAGCCUGGAAUCGAACAUGAACAGCAUUUACAAGAUGAUCGGCUACUGUCCGCAGUUCGACGCUCUGCUCGACGAUCUGACGGGCAGGGAGAUGUUACGGAUAUUCUGUAUGUUGCGCGGCGUCCAAGAGUCCAGGAUUAAACAGCUAUCCGAGGAUCUGGCCAAGUCCUUUGGCUUCAUGAAGCACAUCGAUAAGAGGACGCAUGCCUACAGUGGCGGAAAUAAGCGUAAACUGAGUACAGCCAUUGCCGUAAUUGGCAGUCCGUCCGUAAUCUAUUUGGAUGAACCCACCACGGGCAUGGAUCCCGCCGCCCGACGUCAGCUAUGGAACAUGGUCUGCCGCAUCCGGGACUCGGGCAAGUCCAUCGUCCUCACCUCCCACAGUAUGGAGGAGUGCGAGGCGCUGUGCACGCGACUAGCCAUCAUGGUGAAUGGAGAGUUCAAGUGCAUCGGUUCCACGCAGCAUUUGAAGAACAAGUUCUCCAAGGGACUGAUCCUGAAGAUCAAGGUGCGCCGAAAUCUGGAUGCAGUGCGUCAGACGCGCUUGAGUGCCGGCGGUGUCACAGGUAAUGGUAGUGCCUUCCAGGUGAGGAACGAUGAUGAGGUGACGGUGCCCGUCCAGAUGGCACAGCAGGAGAUCGAUGCCGUCAAGGAGUUUGUGGAGCGCGAGUAUCCGCACUCGAUACUACAAGAGGAGUACCAGGGCAUUUUGACGUUCUACAUUCCCCUGACGGGGGUGAAAUGGUCCCGGAUCUUCGGCCUGAUGGAGAGCAAUCGCGACGAGCUGAACGUGGAGGACUACUCGGUGAGCCAGACGACGCUGGAGGAGAUCUUCCUGGAGUUUGCCAAGUACCAGCGCGAGGAUACGCGAGCCAACCAGCAACCGUAUGAUGUGAAAAGGCUGUGCAAGUGCCUGCUAGCAAAUGAGUAUUGAAACCUGAAACAACUACCUGAUAGGAUACUAAUUCUGAUCCUGACCUCAACUCAAAGCACAUACGCAUAGAGAAAAACCAGAUUAUAUAUAUAAAAAAUUAUAGUACUUAAAAACUACAAGUUUUUAUACAAAAAAACGCUACACAAACAACACACAAAAUAAUAUAAGAUCGACCAGACAAUAGGUAGAUGCUUUUAUGCCUUAUUUCAUUGUGAUCAUCUAGUGAAACGUACACUGUAAAAAAAAAGAGAUCUAUUUAUAUAUAUUUGUAUGUAUAUUUGCUUGAUCUGCACCUUAAGUUCCAGUGAUUUAAUUUUUUUUUUAACUUCAUUCAUAAGCAUAAAGAAAAAAACGAUAUAAACUACAAAGAGUAUUGGCCAAAAAAUAAAUAAAGAAAAUAUAUAUAUUUUGGUCGAAGAAACUAUUCCCAGCGCCGACAAGAAACUUUUUUCAUAUAAACGAUAUACCAUAAUAAUAAUAGUAAUUGUAUUUAUUUCGAUGUACUUAGAAAAUCUAACCAAAGCAUUAAAUGUAAAUAAGACAAUUUUAAACUGUGGCACAAACUAAAACUCUACGAUACAUAUGAGAAUUUACAAAUUAUGUUAAAUGUAUACUUUACGAUUGAAAUUAAAUUUUAUCUGUAUGUAAAAAAAAA